AUGCCUGCUAUAGACUACUCAAUGUAUGUAUAUUAUGUGGUGGCAUACAAUGCGAUGGGAAAGGGAGACGCCAGCGAUUCAAUCGCCAUUAAGACUAAAGGGUCAGCACCUGUACCCCCAAAACAUGUGAAUGAAUUCCUUGUGGUGAACACUACGUGGGCGCACAUCCAACCGGACGCCUGGCAUUCAAACGGCUGUCCCAUCAAAGAGUUUCUCAUACGAUAUCGAGUGACUAAAUACGAGACCGAGUGGUCAGAAGUGUCGGCACAGGUCUGGCCCGAAGACUCAACAUUUGAAGCGGUGAACGAGGCCGGAGCCGGUGAACAGAACUAUCAUUUUGCUACGCUUACAGCUCAAGGAGGCACAGUAUCGCCGCUAUCGGAAAGGGAGCCCCCAUUAGGGGAGUUGGAGUCGAUCACAAUUGUGAUACCUGGAACGGGACCCCAAUCUGAGGAGGUCUAUGGCCAGACACUAGUGAUGGACAGGCCGUCGGCACCCCUACUAACUCAGGGGGACGUCGGGUACGACUGGAUUGAGAUCGUGUGGACCUUUGCCUCUGAAACUAACCUAACGGUCGCUUUGAGUCAAAUCAACGGCUAUUAUGUUUUCCAAAAGCCAUUCAUCCGUUUGGAUGGAGAGACAGAUCCGCAUCAAAACCAACGCCUAUACCAGUAAUGAUCUGCUCUGCGGCACAUUAUGUCAGUUUUAUAUGAUGGCAUACAAUGCAAUGGGAAAGGGAGACGCCAGCGAAUCAAUUGCCAUUAAGACUAAAGGAUCAG